CCCCUGUAACUGUAUAUUAUGGUGCUGCGCUCCUCGCACAGCUGAUGAAAGCUCUGUUUCAGUCUGGAUAAAAUGUCAGAAAACCUGAAACCAGAACAACCAUUUUCUGUAACAUUCCAGAUAUUUAUCCUGCUGUUGUGCGCAAGCGGUGUGUUUAUUUCUUCCCGGGCACAAGGACAAAAAGUGGAGAGUAAUUGGAAAUGGUCUAGACAAUGGAUAGAAGAGGAACACUUCAGACAUUCUGAGACAAUAGUGCCCUACCUUUUAAGUGGGGAUCAGUGGAAGCCUAUAGGUCCCAUCUUUUCAAAGGAUUAUCCGUCGGUGCUAAAACUUCUAUUAAAAGCUAAAGAUGGACAACUGUUGAUUAACCUCAAGAGAAAUGAGGGGCUUUUUGCCAGGAGCUUUACUGCAAAACACUACAAGGAAGAUGGUACUGUUGUUACCGCCGCACAUAAUAACUCGGAACGCUGCUAUUACCAUGGUAAAGUGCAAGGAUACCACGAUUCGGAUGUUAGUCUUAGCGCAUGCAUGGGCCUCAGGGGAUUAAUUACACUUGAAAAUCAAGCAUAUGUUUUGGAGCCACAGGCUAAUUCUACAACCAGCCACCUCUUUUACAAAGCAGAACAUCUAAAACUGGCUUCUGGAUCCUGUAGCCAACAUUUUAACCUCUCAGGCACAUCUUUGAAUGACACCUUACAGUAUGCACAAGAUUUAAGAAGGCACAAAAGGGACGCUUUGAAAAUAACCAAGUACGUGGAGCUGGUUAUUGUAGCUGAUAAUCGUGAGUUUCAAAGACAAGGCAAAGAUGUGGAUAGAGUUAAACAUAGACUCAUAGAAAUGGCAAAUUAUGUCGAUAAGUUUUUCAGGCCAUUGGAUAUUCGGGUGGCUUUGGUCGGAGUGGAGAUAUGGAGCGACACAGAUAAGUGUGCAAUAACGCAAGAUCCUUUUACAAGUCUUCACGAAUUCUUGGAUUGGAGGAAACUACAUUUACUACCUCAGAAGCCCCAUGAUAAUGCACAGCUAGUAAGCGGGGUUUAUUUCCAAGGUACAACUAUUGGCAUGGCUCCUAUAAUGAGCAUGUGCACUGCAGACAAAUCAGGUGGUGUUGUUAUGGACCAUUCUGACAAUCCUCUUGGAGCAGCCGUAACACUCGCGCAUGAACUUGGCCACAAUUUUGGGAUGAAUCAUGAUACCCUGGAAAGAGGUUGCAACUGCAAAGGAUCUGACAGAGGAGGCUGCAUCAUGACACCAUCGACAGCAUACCCUUUCCCUACAGUAUUUAGCAGCUGCAGCAAAAAGGAUUUGGACAGCAGCCUGGAAAAGGGAGUGGGUAUGUGUCUAUAUAACAUGCCUGAAGUUACAAAACCAUUUGGAGAACAGAAGUGUGGAAACGGAUAUGUGGAAGAAGGAGAACAGUGUGAUUGUGGAGAGCCAGAAGAAUGUACGAACAGCUGCUGUAAUGCCACUACAUGUAUGUUAGUGGAAGGAGCCGUGUGCGCCCACGGACUUUGCUGUGAAAACUGCAAGCUGAAACCAGGAGGAACACCAUGCAGGGAUUCGAGUAACUUUUGCGAUCUACCGGAGUUCUGUACCGGAACCAGUGCCCACUGCCCAGCCAAUGUUUACCUACACGAUGGGCAGCCAUGUCAUAAAUUAGAUGGAUACUGUUAUAAUGGGAUGUGUCAAACCCAUGAGCAACAGUGUGUCACGCUCUGGGGGCCAGGUGCCAAGCCUGCCCCUAGUAUUUGCUUUGAAAGAGUGAAUUCGGCUGGAGAUCCCUAUGGGAACUGUGGGAAGGACACCGCGGGGGCAUUUAUGAAGUGUGAAAGCAGAGAUGCCAAAUGUGGAAAAAUUCAGUGUCAAGGAGGAGCAAACCGCCCUGUGAUUGGUACGAACGCUGUUUCCAUAGAAACCAAUAUUCCUCAGCAAGAAGGCGGAAAGAUCCUGUGCCGUGGUACCCACGUUUACCUGGGAGAUGACCUGCCGGACCCCGGGCUCGUACUAGCCGGCACCAAGUGCGAAGACGGAAAAAUAUGCGUCAACCGCCAGUGCCAGAACAUCAGCAUAUUUGGCGUUCACGAAUGCGCCGUCAAAUGCCACGGACACGGAGUUUGUAACAAUAAGAAGAAUUGUCAUUGUGAAGCUGAAUGGGCUCCUCCAUAUUGUGAGAGACCGGGCUAUGGAGGGAGUGUGGACAGCGGGCCCAUGAGAUUUACCGAUAACAGAAGUUUAAUCACGGGAAUACUUGUAACUAUUAUCUGCAUCACGGCAGCUGCUUUUACGAUAUACCUCAAAAGACGGACUGUUUUUGGGUGGCUUUUUACAUAUAAAAAGAGCACUGUUGAAAAAUUAAGGUCAGUAACUCCAUCAAGAGCUGGGUGUUCCAAUGAAGCUAAUCAAGAGCGCAGCACAACCCUCAGUAAGCAUCUUUUGAGCAAAGCCACGGGGGCAGAAAAGGAGAGUGAAAGGUUGAAGAGAUUGCCACGGUUCCAGCCCGUUGACAUUAGUCAUCCUAUAAGGAUACUUGAUGUACCUUCACACAGAAUCCCACAGCAAGCCCAACCACGGCUCUACAACCUACCUAUCCAGAAAUCGGUGCCAGCGCGUCCACUUCCCGCGAAACCCUCUGCCAAGCCGGGAUCUUUCAUACCAAGACCUCCACAGAAACCACUGCCAGCAGAUCCUUUGAAUAAAACUACGCGAUUUGACAGCGCCUCAAGCACAGUGUAUGAACAUCAAGAAACAGUGCCUCAGAUUACUCCUGUGAGACCAGCGCCCAAGUGUCCUCCUCCACACCAUCGAUCCUUCAAACCUGCUCAUCAGAUAUAAGAACCCGAAUGCCUUAUGUGAACUUUGCACUGUCUCAACUCAUGUUGGAGUUUGUUUACGUAAAUCAACACUUUUUUAAUACUUAAAAAAACUUGUAUUUUGGAAGAUAAAACUGAGCUUAUUUGCCUUUGGUGCUAUGCCAUGCUGUGGUGCUCUACAUAUUUGCUCAGGUACUUGUAAAUUAUUAAUUUAUGUUUUGUAUUUAGUACAGUGCAGUGCAUUGUGUUAGAUAUAUUUAACCAAAAAUGGCGUUUUCCUUGAAAAGGGGAAUAUU